AUGGACGCCAAAGCAUCUGUCGAGCUGGAAGAAGCCAAGAGUGCCGGCGCCAUCAAAUCCCCUGCCAACCACGAGACGAGCAUCGAAGUAUGGACGGAGUGGUUUACUAACCAGAGCACAGAGUGGCAUAAUGAACUUGACAAAAGAACGCUUCGAAAAGUCGACUUGCGGCUUAUGCCCACUCUCGUCAUCAUGUACUUGCUCAACUUCCUGGACCGCUCGAACCUCGCCCAGGCGCGUCAAGGCACCCUAGAGGUGGACCUUGAAAUGUCUGGCACCGACUUCAACUUGGCCACAUCAAUCUUCUUCGUUGGCUAUCUGCUGAUGCAGCUGCCGUCCAACUUGCUUCUUACUCGCGUACGACCCUCUUUGUACCUUAGUGCCUCUUGCUGCCUAUGGGGAGUUGUGUCAACGUGUAAUGCCGCUGCGGACUCCUUCACGCACCUUGUGGUCAUUCGGUUCUUCCUCGGUUUUGUUGAGGCUCCCUUCUUCCCUGGCGCUAUCUUUCUCAUGAGUUCCUGGUACACUCGUGCUGAGCUUAUUCGCCGCGUGGCCUGGCUUUAUGCUGGAAAUGCCUUGGCCAACAUGUUUGGUGGCCUGCUGGGUGCUGCCAUUCUUGGUGGGCUUGAAGGAUCGAAGGGGAUCGAAGGAUGGAGAUGGUUGUUUAUCAUUGAGGGCGUCGCAGCGAUCGCUUUUGCCAUGCUUGCUGCCUUCAUUCUUCCAGACUACCCCCACACCACCAAAUGGCUGACCCAAGAGGAACGUGCCUUUGCUGCCUGGAGACUCACCCAGGACAUCAGCGAGGCAGAUACAUACGGGGAACAAACCGUCUGGGAUGGUGUCAAGAUGGUCGUUCGUGACUACCGCGUAUACGUCUUCCUCCUCAUCCAGCACGUUAGUUUGCUGUCGCAGACUUUCCAGUAUUUCUUCCCCACCAUUGUUGGCACGCUUGGCUAUGGCCGUAUUGUAACCUUAUGGCUUACGGCUCCUGCUUGGUUUGCCACUUUCCUCCUCUCCAUCUGCGUAACGUUGAGCUCAGCAAAGACAAAUGACAGAUCCUUGCACAUUGUUUGUCUCAUGCUUCUUGCAGCCGUAGGAAACGCGAUUGCUGCCGGGACAACAGUCGUUGGAGCCCGCUUCUUUGCCAUGUUUCUCAUGCCAAUGGGCGCUGUGUCCUCCUACCAAAUCAUUGUAUCGUGGGUAGCAAACUCCUUCCCCCGUCCGCUUGUCAAACGUUCAGCUGCAAUUGCCAUCUGCAACAUGAUUGGCAAUACGGCGACCAUCUACGGAUCGUACCUUUAUCCCAGCAGCGAUAGCCCUCAAUAUCGACCUGGAGGAAGCGCAAACGCAGCCAUUUGUGUUGUCGUCGCUCUGCUCGCCCUUUUGCUACGCUACAUUCACAAGUGGGAAAACAAGAAGCUCGAGCGAGCUGAAGGUGGACAGGAUAAGGAGACUGGGGCCGGCGGUAAAACCAACGUUGGGUCAAGCCGUCAGCUUCCCCAGCCGGGAUUUCGAUAUAUCUAUUAA